AUGUUCGCAUCUAUUUUCAUUCACGAAUUGUAUAGCUGUCCAAAUUACAGGUAUGGCUAUAAUCCACCGCGAAAAUUUCCUAUAAGUGACCAGCUCUGUCGCUUAUUCCGAUUGUCGUAUUCGGUUAUUCCACCAAUCCUCACAUAUCCGCUUCCAAAAAUGGUUUAUUACAGAAGUAUUUACAACUUCUUCGCGAACAACGGUUAUGUUGUUAUGAAAAUCGGGCAAUGGCUUGCCACGAGAUCAGAUUUAUUGCCCAUUGGCUUGUGCAAAGUACUGAGUACUUUGCACAGUGAGGCACCGGUGCACCCCUUUGCUGAUACGCUAAAAAUUCUUGAGGAUGAAAUGUAUGAUACAUCGCUAUUCCAUUUCGUUAACCAUAGCCCAAUUGGCUCUGGGUCUGUUGCACAAGUGUAUAAAGUGAUUUUGAACGACGAACCACGGAACUUUUCUCCAUUUUUUCAGAGAUUCUUCCUCAAUUUCAUUCAGAUUUUUGUUCCAACCCGUAUGGGAUCGACUGAUAUUAGGCUUGAGGCCACAAAGAAGCGUAUGGCAAGGAUCAAGAAGUCUGGCAACCGAACAUUUGCCAUUAAAGUUAUUCAUCCAAAUACGAUCAGGGAUGUUUACUUAGAUUGCCAAAUUAUUACAAAUAUUGCCAGUAUUAUAGGUAGAAUCCCCGCAUUCUCUUGUUUAAAUGUAAACGAGCAGGCAUUGCACUUCCAAAAUGAAAUUUUUAAACAAAUCGAUCUUACUGAAGAGGAGCGCAAUAUGAAAGUCAUGAGACAUUUAAUUCACUAUGAUGAGAAUGUUCUUGUAGCUGAGCCGAUUACGGCAACCAAAAACGUGUUAAUUAUGGAAUACCUCGAAGGUUAUCCAAUAACAUCACAUUUUUUGAGUACUCAAAAUGAAGCUGAAAAAAACUAUUGUAUCAGAACCGCUGGUGUGUUUCAACGGAGUGUGAAAAACUUGUCCGACAAGUUGUCUAAGAUCAGCUUGUCUGGAGGUAACAAUGCCGUUUCUGGCCCAUUACAGCAAGAAAAAUUUUCCUUAGCAACCACGGCGCUGUCAUUUUUUGUAAAAUCGCUUUUUUACAACAGAUUUAUCCAUACGGAUCUUCAUCCAGGCAAUGUAGCUAUUUCCAAAUCAAAUAAGCUUAUAAUAUACGAUUUAGGACUUACCAAGCUCCUAUCGGAUGUUGAAUACACAAACUUUGUUGAUUUAUUUUGUUCGUUGUUCAUUGAGAGAAAUGGAUUGGUGGUGGGAGAUUUGUUGGUUGAAAGAUUAGCCUGCAACAAAGGUGUCGAUAAAAAGGAGUUCCGGGUGGAGAUCAACGAAUUAAUCAGUCAUUAUUUUGAGCAAGUUUAUAAUAUAAAAGAAUGCGAAAAUAUGAACGAAAAAUACGCAUUGACAAAAGAGUAUGCAUUUAAAGCAGUGCGGCUGUUUAAUAAGUAUAAUGUAAAAAUCGACUACAAAUACAACCAUUUAUUCCUAACAGCUUUUUGUUUCGAUGGUAUACUGCGACAGCUGCAGCCUGAUGGUGCCUUUUACAAUGACUUGAGCCGAUUACUGUGGAAAUUUGGACCAACAACGUACCUUCUAAGGCGAUAUAUCUUAAGUAAAAAGCUCUGAUCGAGU